AUGUCGGCCUUCCACUCUGCCCGCCCCGCUGUGCGACGAACGGCCACUGUCGCGCAGACGCGCGCUGCCUCGUCGGCGCACCCCGUCCCGCCCGUCCCGUGGGCGAGCAAGACGCACACGAAGAAGGCGCCCAAGAUCCCGAACCCUCUCCCCGCCAUCUUCCCUCAGAAGGUCGUGCUCUCCGACGGCUCGACGUUCAUGCAGUGGACGACGGCGCCGACGCCGCAGAUCAACCGCCUCACGCGCGACAUUACCAACAACCCCCUCUGGUUCCCGGGCAUGGAGGCGACGUCGCGCGACGGUAUCAUGGAGGGGCGUAUUGGCAAGUUCCACCGCCGCUUUGCUGCCAACAAUGCCGAUCCUGAGAAGGACUCCAAGGUCGAGGACGGAGACAGCCCCGCAGAGGGACGGGCGAAGGAGAAGCAGAGCUUCCAGGACUCGGACCUUGCGUGGAUGUCCGAGGGCGCCAAGGCGGAGAAGAUCUCGACCAAGAUGAAGCAGAGGCUCUCGAUGAAGCAGAAGAGGAGCAAGAAGUAG